AUGCAAAAAAGUGUAUCAGUGCAAGUAGAUAGUGAUUUCGCUUUGUUGCUGCCGAGCGGUGUCUAUGAAAUAAAAAAAAUGGAGCCAAGAUCGAAGCUACGAAAAGUGAUACUCUUCUGUUUAUUACUUUCAUUAUUUGGAAUGGUUGCAUUUGGCUACUUUUGCCCAGAUCAGGUGUGCGCUCUGUCGCCACGGGAGCGAGUAUCCGAAUCCUUAGCUCUGACGUACGCCGAGGCUCCAGGUCGGCCACUACCAGAUGUUAUUGCUCAGCCGGGUCUGUCGUACGACGAGGUCCUCCACGACGACUUCAGAUUCGACUUGAAUGCUCACGACGUCAUGGUGUUUCUGCACAUUCAGAAAACUGGUGGCACCUCCUUUGGAAAGCACCUAGUCAUGGAUUUAGAUCUCAAGAGACCAUGCAACUGUCAGCGGGCGCGAAAACGCUGCCAUUGUUUUCGACCGCACAGUAACGAAAUAUGGCUCUUCUCGAGAUACUCCACAGGCUGGAAAUGUGGUUUGCACGCGGACUUCACGGAGUUGACGGCUUGCGUUGGUGGGGAACUUGACAGACACGAAGGCUCGGCGGUCCACCGGCGAUAUUUCUACAUAACGUUACUUAGGGAACCCGUAUCCAGGUACUUAUCGGAGUACAGGCACGUGAAACGAGGUGCCACGUGGAAAGGAUCACGGCAUUGGUGUCAAGGGCGAACAGCUACAGGUGCAGAGGUCCCUCCAUGCUAUAACGGUGACUCCUGGCGGGGCGUAACCCUCGAAGAGUUCAUGGCCUGUCCAUGGAAUCUGGCAAACAAUAGGCAGACUCGCAUGUUGGCUGACCUCGCACUCGUGGGAUGUUACAACGGAACUCUAAGGCACAGGACUGCAGAGACCGACAGAGUAAUGCUAGCAUCCGCUAAGAGGAAUCUAGCUGCCAUGGCAUACUUUGGACUGACGGAGUAUCAAAAGAUCUCCCAGUACGUGUUCGAAGAGACUUUCAACUUGUUAUUCGCCGUGCCGUUCACACAACACAAUGCGACUGUCUCUGGAGCUACUUUAGCUGCAUUGUCACCAGCCCAGGUGGCUCAUAUCAAACGGCUCAACUCGCUCGACCUCGAGCUCUAUGAGUUUGCCAAGAACUUGAUGUUUAAAAGAUUCGAAGCGCUGAAGAAACGAGACACGGAUUUCGAAUACCGGUGGCGGCACUUAGGCGAAGUGGCACGAGCCGGCGUCACCGAGUUUGACUGGGACAGCAAUCUCGAGGAUGCAACGACCGAGAAGUACCGAGGCAAGUAA